AUGGAACCAAUUCCGGAGGAAGAUCAAGAAAUUCCUUCAAUUCCACCAACAUGCACUAUGAAACAUGAAAAAAAAUCUCGUCUUACAGAAGUGUACACAUCAGAACAAGUGGAUACGCGUAUGAGUAAAAUACCACACUCUACUGCUUCGGAUUCAUGGAUGCAAGUAAAGAAAGAUGGACUUUCGAAAACUUUUUUAAUUUUUUGCAGCAACUCAUCGGCAUAUUCAUCUGAAUCACUGAUAGAGCCUGCUAGUGCACAAAGUUCCACAUAUUCUUAUACUUAUGAAUCCCAUUAUGAUGAACUACCUGAUGAAACGUCUCCAACUGAUCACGUUUUAAAUAAAGAAUUUUGUGGUGAUAUUGAACGACAUUCGUCACAAAUGCAAAAAAUAACUCGCGUCACAAAAGUAACUACCACUCGAUCAUUACGUCAACUACCCUCUCUUAGCCAAGGAGCUGAAUACUUUUUUGAUGCUGACGGCAGUCCGUUAUUGGUUGAACGUACUACUACUCCUUCUGAUGAACAUGAGCCGGAUGCACAAGAUGAACUGCUGUCUUUUGGUAUUGAUUUGAGGUCAGACGACAGUAUGCCUGAUCGGCACGUCGUUGAUGCACCACCACCUGCUCCAAGUUCAGUUUAUGAAACUGAAGCUUAUGCUUCGCAAAAUGUACCAGGCGCUCCUAGUGUCCCAGAAAUAACUGAUGUGACGAUUAGCGAUAUUGCUAUCAUAUGGCAGCCUCCAGAAAUUGAUAGACAAGCUGGUCUGAUAGGAUACCUGAUUGAAAUUCGUGAAUUAAACAGUGCUAAAUGGUGUGUCAUUAAUGAAGACCUAAUCAAAAAAACUAGUUUUAGAAUCAAAAAUCUUAAUCCUCACUCUAAGUAUGAUGUGAGAGUUGUUGCUGUUAAUUCAUCAGGUCGUGGUAUGCCUUCAGUUGCUUGUACGGGUGUACAUUUAUGUUCCGACUAUAAAUUCAAUAGCGAUUUAAAUGGUUGGAAUGGAACUGCUCCUGGUCGUCCUUAUGUCAUAUUGCUUGAUACAAGUAGUGUUGUGCUCGAAUGGUCACCGGCAAUUCCAAGUCCUGGUUCUUCUCCUGUCACUGGAUAUAAGGUAAGUUAUCGUACAGAAAAUAGUGAAUGGACACAGUCAAAUGAUAAUUUAAUCACGACUUGUAGGACUGAAGUAUCCAAUUUAAAACCAAAUGGAGAUUAUGAAUUUCGAGUGGUAGCGAUAAGUGCUGAUGGUCUAUCAGAGCCAAGUCUAUCAUCGGGUUUUGUGCGAUUGAAAUCGUCUGCUCUCUAUCACUAUCCAUCUCUGAUGAAAGCACAAGAUGCUUGUCAUCCUCCUGGACAACCACAGAUUGAGGAAUUUGAUGCGAAUUGGGUGCAACUUCACUGGAUAGAAGGUGGUCCACCAGAUGAACCUUCUACUUCGUAUAUUGUUGAAUAUCGAGAAGUCGGUGAUCCCUUAUGGUAUACUGCUACAACAGCAGCUGUUACUACAUCAUACACAGUGAAGUGUCUACGUCCUAAUUCCACAUAUGAAUUUCGAGUAAUUGGACGUGAUCGUGAGGGUAAUGUAUCUCUACCAUCAGCAGUUUCAAAUGCUGUACAGCUGCGGCCAGUGAGAUCUGGAUUCUUGCAAGGAAUUCCAGCCAAACCGCAACCACCAGAAUACGUAGACUUCGGCAACGGUGAUCGAGUAACACUGUGCUGGUUUCCAGCUGCUAGCUCUUUACCUAUACAGGGUUAUAAUGUUGAAUUUCGAGAUCAUCAACAAGAUGCAGCGUGGUAUAGAGUUAAUGAAAGGCUUAUUCGCUCCUGUAAAAUGACAGUUGGUGAUCUUAUACCUGGUCAUCAUUAUCAGUUUCGCGUAAUAGCUUGCAAUGCUGUCGGUUAUUCGUUGCCAUCGGAUCCUUCUCCAGUUGUCCACAUUGCAGUAUCGUAUAAUGGUGGUGGUGAUGCCUUUGUGGAAACAGCAACAUAUGGAACUGUUCCGCUACUACAGGAUGAAAUUGUGCGUGAGUCGCCACCCUUGCCUGAUCGUGAUGAUUCUCCGCCGCCUAUACACAGAAAAUUUCUUCGUGAAAAAGAUGUGCACUGGAGAGAUCCAACAUUGAAGGAGGUGAUUGAAUAUUUGGACAGUACAAAUAAAGUGGAACAGCUGAAUGCAUCCGGCUACUUGCAGCAUUUGACAUUUAAUGAUAAUGCUAUCAAGGAAGAAACGCGGGAACUUGGUGGAAUCCCAAAACUUGUUCGCUUACUUAGUGGUGAUGUUCCGGAUAUCCAGAAAAACGUUUGCGGUUGUUUGAAGAAUUUGUCAUUUGGAAAAGAAAAUGAUGAAAAUAAGCGUGCUAUUAAUGAUGCGGGUGGAAUUGCUGCUCUAGCGGCGCUGCUAAGGCAGACGCACGAUGUACAUGUCAUGGAAGAGGUCACUGCUACUCUUUGGAAUCUUUCGAGUUGUGACGACCUUAAAUCCUCUAUACUUGAUCAAGUUUCGGAACCAAUAAAUCAACGUGUUGUUGUACCUGGUUCGAGAUUAAUUGGUAAUGAUAUGGAGAAUGGGUUAAAUGUGUCAUAUAAUGUCAAUAUGUUCAAAAAUGGAACUGGAGUGUUGAGGAAUGUCUCAGCUGCAUCUUCGAAUGCUCGGAAGAUUUUACGUGGAUGUCCUGGUUUAAUCGAAAGUCUUGUUUACUAUUUGCGUCAAGCUGUAUUAAGAAAUCAGGUUGAUACACGAACCGUAGAAAAUGUUGUAUGCACAUUAAGAAAUCUUAGUUACCGAAUUCAAGAAGUAGUAGAUGAGAAUUACGACCCUAAAGUUGAUUUUGAAACAUCUCAACGGGAACGCAGUAAGUCUGCACCAUCAGGAAGUCCAAAAGUAAAGAAAAAAGAAUCUAACAAGAAAUCGAAAAUGCGACAAAAUUCCGUGAUGAAUGAAUCAAAAAAUGGAGCAGAAUAUUUAUGGCAACCCGAAUUAGUUAAGCUGUACUUGAAGCUAUUGCAGGAGGCAUCAAAUCCUGAAGUUUUGGAAGCCUCUGCUGGUGCGAUACAAAAUCUUGUUGCAUGUCAGUUUGAGCCAUCGAUCAAUGUUAGAGCCUGUGUUCGUAUAGAAAAAGGUUUGCCCGUGUUAGUGGAGCUAUUGCGAUUAAAUGAUGACAAGGUCGUUUGCGCUGUAACAACAGCCUUACGUAAUCUCUCGCUUGAUCAACGAAACCGUGAAUUAAUUGGCAAAUAUGCUAUGAAAGAUCUAGUGGCAAAAUUACCAAGGGCAGAACAGCGGUAUCGAGAUCCAAAUGUGAGCGAUGCAACAAUAGGAGCUGUUUUGGGCAUAUUUUUUGAAAUAAUCAAACAUUCUUCAGAUUUUACAAGGAAUAUUCAUGAAUGCGGUGGAACUGAAAGACUAAGAAAUUUAGCGAGUUCACAUCCAACUUACAGUUUCCGGAUUUGCAAGUAUGCAUCACAGGUCCUUUAUUUGAUGUGGCAGCACAAAGAACUUCAUGAUGGCUUCAAACGAAAUGGUCUGAAGGAAUCAGAUUUUUAUUCGGGAACAACAUCUCGUGUUCGUGACGCAACAACCCUUUCUCGACCAAUAUCAUCGCAAGGUGCUGAACGACCAACUCAUGGGACCAACGAAAAUCCUGAAAGCAGUACGAAUUCUUUGUGCAUUGGAAAAUAUGAUACAUUAGACAGUAGGGCUUAUGAACCUUUAUAUGCAUCAGUGCAUAAACGUACCGAUCGAUACGGUCUUGUUGGUGGAGAUAGUUGGGUGUAA